UUUACCCCACCAAAGACGAUAUAGUGUGGCGAGAAUAGCCCUCAGGCAAGUCUAAGGCACCUUCUCAGGUACCGUCAGGCAUGAACUAAGGCAUCUGAGGCAAGAUUUGUCCUCAAGCAAGUCUGAAGCAUGUCCCCAGGCACGCCUCAAGCAACAAAAUGCACCUCAAUCCACACGGAUUCCAACAGCAUGGUCCCCAGCAGCCGCAGCAACAGGUGGAGGAGGGAACCAUCACCAUCCAUUCUCCUUCUCCAACAGGGCUGCGGCAUCGCCUCCGCAACUACAUUACAGUAGGCGCCUCGUGGAAUUCGUUGCCGGAGAUGUGGGACUUCUUGGCGGGAGAGUGCGGAGACUUGACCGCCAUCGUAGACCCCGUACACCCCCCCGACAUGCCGGACGGAAAGCGGCCACCCAAGGGAUCAGAGACACGACUCACGUACUCGGAGAUGCGGACGAGCAUCGGGUCGAUGGCGGCCGCGCUUAUCGGCUUGGGAUUGGAGAAACAGGACUGUGUUUCGGUGUUUUCCGAGAACAGCUACCGAUGGCUCAUCGCGGAGCAGGGGAUCAUGAAAGCCGGAGGGUGUAACGCUGUCAGGGGCGCGACGGCUCCGGUGGCCGAGCUCAGGUAUAUCUACGGUGACAGUGAGUCCGUCGGUGCUGUGGUGGAGACGCCAAAGCUUUUGAAGCUCUUGGUGGAGGAGGGCGGCAAGGGGUUGGAAGGAGCUGAUGGGGCGGAGCCCCGGUUUUUGAUGGUACUGUUUCCCGGAGGCAAGAACGGCAAGGAACUGCAGGAGUCCCUCAACAUUCCCGAGUCCAUCAAGGUAGUAACCUUCUCGGAGUGCUUGGACAAGGGAGGCGUGUUGGACGCUGCUCCUGUAGUGGAGCGAUCGAUGAAGGCCACGUUGGUGUACACCUCCGGCACUACGGGAAAGCCGAAGGGGGCCGUCUUGACACACGCUAACCUGCUGCACCAGGUUUCGCAAAACUCUUUCGACCGGUCAGAGGGGAGCCCGAUGAAUCCGUGGGUGGGGGACGUGUUCGUGUCCAUCUUGCCUUGUUGGCACAUCUUCGAGCGGACCGCAGAGUACUUCACGCUCACACGAGGCGUCACCAUGGGGUACUCGAACGUCCGCAACUUCAAGAGCGACCUGAAGAAGUUUAAGCCUCACUUCCUGAUCGUCGUACCGCGGCUGCUGGAGACGAUCUGGAAGGGAGUGCAAACCCAGCUUGAGGCCAAGAGCAAGGGAGCGCAGAAAGCGGCGGGGGCUCUAACUAGAGUUUCCAGCCUGCGCAUGAAGGCCGCCAGAAGAUUCAGCGGGACUGUCAUUCGGGAUAGCAAACCAAAAGGCCCAGAAAAGGCGUUAUCGGCGGUGCUUAUGGGCGUCACGCUGCCCCUAAAGCUAGCCGCGGAGAAGCUGGUGUGGGGAAAGAUCAGGGACGGGGUUGGCGGCCGGGUGAAGGUCGUGGUGUCUGGGGGCAGCAGCCUUCCGUCUUUCCUGGAAGACUUCUUCGAGAUGGCUGGAGUCAGGGUGCUGGUGGGAUACGGCCUGACGGAGACUUCGCCCGUCAUCGCAAAUCGCGUCGCGACUGAGAAUACCAAGGGUACCACUGGAAAACCCGUUCCUGGAUCGGAGGUCAAGAUCGCUGAUCAGGAGACUGGCCAGCAGGUGGCUGUGGGACAGACGGGAAAAAUCCUCAUCAGGGGACCGCAAGUGAUGUCCGGGUAUCAAAACAACCCAGAGGCUACGGCGGCUGUUAUCGACAAGGAUGGAUACUUCGACACCGGUGACUUAGGGCGGUUCAACCCUAUCACGGGAGACCUGAUCGUGACUGGGCGAGCAAAAGACACGAUCGUCCUGAGCAAUGGCGAGAACGUUGAGCCCCAACCACUAGAGGACGCUAUCUCGGGUGCGUGUUCCCUGAUCGACCAAGUGAUGCUGUUCGGGCAGGAUGAACGUUUCCUUGGGGCGAUAGUCUGCCUCAACCCUUUGAACAUGGGGGCUGCCGGCAUCAUUUCGCAGGAGGAUGCAAGUCGCUAUUCUGGGCUGCUCGGUCCGACGCCGCUAACAACUGGACCGGCUGGCACCCCUAAGGAGCUCGCAGAUGCAGAGAAGGAGAUUUUGGGCGCCCCUGGUCUUGAAAGGGCCGUCAUGGACCAGCUGAAGGCGGUAGCCGGGGAAGAACGUCCUUGGGAACAGGUCGGCAGCGUGAUCAUGAAGUUCGAGCCCUUCACGACGUCCAACGGGCUCAUCACGCAGACGCUCAAGACCAAGAGGAACGUGGUUGCGGAGAGGUUCAGCAAGGAGAUCGAUGCCCUUUACGCUGCGAAACGUUGAUUGAUUGAUUCGACUCGGUUCGGUUCGACUGGACGCCACCAGUAGCACAAUGGCGUCGGAGGCAGGACAUGACCUCUCUCUUCUUGUAAUUUUAGUUGAAGGAACCGUGGCUGAAUCAUCGAGCCGCACGGCCAGGCUGCUCCUUCCGCUGGGGGGGCGAAAAGACUCAGACCGCGAAACAGGGCGAAUUCGAACGAUGUUGUGGUAGCGGCAGCGUUCCGAUGAUUUUUUGUUUUGUUUUUUGUAAUUUGUUUCAAGUGCGAGGUCUGUCUUUGACCGGUGCAAUGUAUGCGUUUUUUUUUGCUGCGAGUUGCAAAGCAGUACAGUUGUAGAAUUAGAGGUCCUCAGCACAUUAGUAAGACUUUUCCCUUUUCCGGUGUUGUUUGCUAACCCUAGAGCAUAUCAAUGUCCUUAGACGCCCCGUGGCAUUGCGUGAUGCGUUCGUUUCGUUUCGUUUGGGUUUUUGCUUUGCUUUGAGGGAAGGGGCCCUCCUGAGGGACAUGACUACAAGUAUCCUUGUUCACAAACGCACCAUUUCGUCUUCUUUUUCUUGUGUCCAGGCAAUCAACGCAGUUGCCUUCGUCAUUUUCCUGAGGAUUCUUACCGAGAGUAUCCGAGCGGGGGUACAUGGUAACAACCAUGCAGCGCUAAUCAGGUCGCCCCGGUGGUCUAGUUGGUAUCCUCGAAACCUUGU